AUGUACACCAUGAGUUUGACUGACGAGGAAUUUCGAGCAAAAUUGGAAAAGCACUUUUCCUUGUAUCGCAUCAACUUGCGCUCACCACUAGCAUCUCAAGUAGCGCCUGACCAUUGGUAUCGAGUGGAUUUGUUGCUAGUGAACGAAUUGGGCUUGUUUAGAAGAUCAGACAUUGAACCUGAUGGUCAGGUCAUUCUUGCCUGCGACUUGUAUACACCAAACACCGAUGAAGGCAUUACUCCCUUUUCAUGCGUAGAUCCUGAUUGGGAACUGGAGAUUCGACCAGCUCGUACUUUCACAGAGGGCCAGCUAUCAAAGGAUGCAUUGCCUGUGUCUGGCUUUGUGAGCUCGGGAAAGGGUGCCUUUGAAUACCGCAUCAGAUCAAAGCAUAGCAGCGCAACAACAGCAUCGACAGCUAAACAAACCAAAUUUCUGCACAUGCGCCCUGUCCAGCUGGUCAACUUCCCCAAAGAAAAGAGAUCAGAUUACAAUACAGAGAACAUCUUGCCGCUUGUCAUUGGGCCCAUUGAGAUUGAUCCCGCAUUGCAACCAACAUUGGAUACAUCACUGCCAUUGGAACUAUGGCCCAAUUCAGCAGCCGUAAAGAUGGUGUAUGACGGAUACCGUGUGUUCUCUACCUCAGAGAACCCACCUGUCAACAUUGCUAUACAUGAGAUGUGGGAUUCUGGUAUUCCAGGCAAGAUUUGGGACUCUGCGCUUGUGAUGCUUGAUGUGAUGAAGAAUAUGAUUGAUCUUCAUCCAGAGUAUAUCGAUCAGAAGCACACGUUAGAUUUGAGUGCUGGCACUGGACUGCUGGGCUUAUACAUAGCAAGCAUGAUGGCAUCACCUCAUUCAACCCUCAAGCAAGGCAAAAUCACCAUCACCGAACUGGACGAGGCUGUGGAUUUGAUUGAUCAAAACAUCGCGAUCAAUGAGUUCUUGGCCAAUAAUACACAGGUCAAAUUGCAGACAAGAAAUCUGUUAUGGGGCAAUACGAUACAGGCUGAAGCUUGUGGAAAGGCUGAUUUGAUUAUCGCAUCUGAUGUGUUGUAUGAAACGCAGUUUUUUGAGGAUCUUGUCAAGGCGUUUGUUGAUCUUAGCACAGAAUCUACCCGCAUCUACAUUGGUUACAAGCGUCGUGGAUUUGAUGAGGCGGAAGAGCGUAGAUUUUGGUCUCUGUGUGGAGCACAUUUCAACGUGAAACUGCUCACAUACCAAGGCCAAGAGGAUGAGGACGAUGGUCUGGUGCCUCGAAUGACUUUAGAGACUGGUGUUCAGCUGUAUCGUUUAACCCUGUUGUAG